AUGCGCUUCUGUGGCCGCCCCGUGGAUCGUGCCGCAGCCUUGGCGUCACGCAAGGAUGGCGAGGCCAUCCGUCAACUGUCCGAAGGACCUUCGGCGCGCUUCCUUGUGGUUCACACCAAGCGCGUCCUGGCCACAAAAACUUCUUUGGCUUGGCUGCAGCGCGGCCAGAUCGACAAUUUGGCCUCUGUGGCCAAAGAUUUGAUAUACCUGGGCCCACUUGCCGAAACCUACGGUUCCAGCGGCUGUGCGCUUCCACACAAGGCGGAGGCCUUCGCCGUGGAUUUGGCCACUCUUGGUGUGCCGGAAGAGAAGGUUCUGGCGGCUGCUGAUGGAGCUGCCUUGCGCAGCGGCCGGGAGCUUCUUGUCUCCGAGGCUUCGGACGACGAGGUGACGGUAGCUGGCCUGGCCCUAGCGAUGGCAGAUUGGCACCAAAGUGCGAGGUUCGAGGGCCGAAGCGGGAAAGCCACAAUUCCCGUCGAGGGAGGCGCCAAGCGCCAGGUUGAAGGAGGCACUGCAAAAGUGUACCCACGGACGGAUCCGGUUGCCAUUGGCCUGAUCCUUUCCCCGGAUGGCCGCCGCAUUCUCCUUGGUCGAAGCCACAAGUAUCCUGCCGGCAUGUAUACUUGCCUCUCCGGCUUCAUCGACUCCUGCGAAAGCGUCGAGGAGGCUUUCCGCCGUGAAGCUUUCGAGGAGGCAGGAGUCGUACUGGACUCCAUUUCCUUGGUUGCCUCACAGCCGUGGCCUAUCGGCCGCGGAGGCUCCUGCGAGUUGAUGCUCGGCUGCCGUGCGGUGGCAGCCAGCGAGGAGGUGUCCGUGAACAAGGAGGAGAUCGACGAUGCUAGGUGGUUCACGCGAAAAGAGGUUCAGCAGAUGCUGCAGCAGAAGCAUCCCAACGGCCUCUGGGUUCCACCUCGCUUCGCCAUCGCCAACUCGCUGAUCACCGAAUUUGCCACGGCGUCGCGCAGCUUGCCUCCUGUGGGAGGCAUCAAGGGAAUCAUGGGCCUCGGCGACAAGAUGUCGAAGAGCCACCUGGACCGCUUCAAGAGUUUCGAGAAGCUGCCCCCGAAACAGGCCAUCCUGGCUCUGUGUGCGGACAUGGGCGCCGAAGACUGGAACACACAGGAGGAGACCCGGAAGUAUGCGGAAAAGCACUUGCGAAUCCUCUCAGGUCUUUACGGCAUCGUGCGGCCCUACGAUGAUGUGAAGCCAGUCAGGGACGUCCCGAUGAAUGCCAAGAUCAAGACCAAGAAAGGGCUUUACCUCACCGAGUUCUGGGGGGAUUCCAUCACCAAGCAGCUCAGCAAAGAUCUGAAAUCCGUCAGUGAAGGCAACAAAGGUGGACAUUGCCUUCUCGUCAAGUGCACCAGCGAUGAGUACUUCCAGUCGGUGCAAGCGCACAACCUCCCAGAGGGCACAACCUUAGUCGAGAUUCAGUUCGAGCAAGCGCCAGAGGAUGUCGUGGCGAAAGCUCGCUGCCUGUUUGCCCGCUUCGUGGUGGAGAAGAAGAUCUGCACCCCCGAGGGGCUCAAGGAUUUCAAGUCGCAGGAGUGGUCAUUGGACGAGCGCCGGUGUACCAUCCAAAAGGUCUUCUAUGUCUGGAUUGGGGACGAGCGUCAUCGAAAGCAGAAGAAGUCGAAGAAAGACGACAAGGGAAAGGACAAAGACAAGUCUGAUGCUUCGGGUGAAGACAAGAAGAAGGCGACAAAGAAAAAGAAGGCUGCAAAGGAAGCACAAGAUUUCUCUGACAUGGAGUCAGAUGAGCCAAAGCCCAAGGGCAAGAAGAAGAAGGCGGAGCGAGACCGCACACCACCGCAAGAUUUCUCAGACAUGGACUCAGAGGCUGGCAUAUAG